UGGAGAAGGAUUUGACCGGUGCUAGGAGGCAGUUAUGCAGUUAUCCUGUGUUUACCAACUAGUGCGCCAUCAAACCGAAGAAGGUGAAGGUUUGCCGCUUGCUAGCGUAACGCGGAAAAAGGUACAAAUGGAUGACCUGAACGACGAGAACCUACAAAAGAAACCAGUGGUUGUUUUGACUCGACUCCCCGAGUGUACUUUCAAUGCGCUUCAACCGCCGACACCCCAGCAGUUCGACAGUGAAGCCGAGUCCCCCGGCAGCUCCGACUCCGACAUGCUAUGGGAGCCAGAAGACGAUUCGGGAGACUCGGAUUUUGGAGCCAAACAGAAAAAUCAGCAUAAACACAAAAAGGCGAAUGAAGUGAAACCGUUAGUGAGAAUCAAUAACAACAGCACCAGCAACAACAGCCACAGCAGUAGCAACAGCAGCGUCUGCAAUAACGACAGUAACAGUGGCGGCAACACCAACAAAGCUGUUGAAGGAUCCCCCAUUAUAGUGUCUGCAGCUUUUGCCAGCAACUCCAAUGAAACGAGAAAAGUGCGGCCUGAUUUGCCAGAGGUAGAGAUUGCGUUGGACAUGGUAGUCCUGGCCAGGAGAAGAGUCAUGAGGUGGCAACAAGGCAAGAUAGCCGAGAUAAUUAACAAGGACGAUGGGCGAGUAAAGUACAAAGUGAUUUUUGAUGAAAAGGGGAAGAGCUUGGUAUCAGGACAUCACAUCGCAAAGAAAACCAACCCAAAGCUGGACCAACUGUACGUCGGAGCCCGAGUUUUAAUUCAGUCUCCAGAAGAUGAGCGGUGCUUCCUGCCUGGUCUUUUGGCGGAGCUCCCCAGCAGAAAGAAUCGCUUAAGGUUUAUGGUGUUUUUGGAUGAUCAUACACCAGUUUAUGUCAGCUUACCAUCACUUUAUCUCAUUUGCAGACAAAUGAGUGAUCCUUUAGGGGACCUUGUAGAUGGUCCACACAAGUGCUUCAUGGAACAAUACUUGAGGAGUUGGCCGUAUCCACACCUAACCCACUACAAAGAGGGACAAAUCCUUAAAAUAGAACUGAAUGGAGUCCAUCAGAAAUGUCAAGUUGAGUUGGUUGAUUGCAGCUUGAUGAAGGUUGUUUUUGAGGAAAAUGGGGAGACGGACUGGAUCCACCGAGGCUCCCUACGACUGGAGCACAUGUCCAAGUUCUUGGAGUUGAAGCAAAAUCGAGAAUCCAAGGCAGACAGUUCUGACUCUAAAUGACCUAUAAAUUUUUAGAGAAAGAAGACUUUAAAUAAAAAACAACAAAUAAAAUCAUUCUGACUGUAAAUACAUGUUUCUUUUGGGCCAUUGACUUAUAUUUUGGUACCUGACAGAACAGAUGGAAGGUUGAAGUAUGUAAACUCAAAUUGGUCAUUCUUUUUGUCUCUGUUAAGUGUAAAUAUGUUUAUUCUCUACUUGUUGCAUCUUUCUAUUUUAAAUGUAUUUCCAAAUCUUUGUGCAUAGAAACCCUCCUUAUGGGAACCUGUUUAAACAAGGACAAAUAAAACAUUUUGCUCUU